CCUUCUGCCAGUUACUUGCCACAGGGCAGCCUUAACUAAGUGGUGUUAACGCAGGGAUGGGUGAGGAAGCCACAGGCAACACAAUGUCUCCAGAAGAACAGCUGAAGAAGAACACCCCUGCUCAGAGGGCCAUCAAAAAGAUCCGUACGGCUAGCCUCGUCAUCAGCUUGGCACGGGGUUGGCAGCAGUGGGCAUCUGACCACCAUACGAAGCAAGUCCAGGAGCCCAGUGGGUGGGUGCCCUCUGAGGAGAAUUCCCCAAGGGAGAGGGUAUUUCCCAAACCACCAACUGAUUUCAAGAAAGACCAAUCGAAAGAUGGCGUGUCCUUUCAGGAGCCAAAAGAAAAUGGAGAGCAGGCCCCGAGUGAAUCAAACGAAGCCCUCCAGAAACUUAACAUCAGAAGCAAAGAGGUGACAAAGACCAUUGUAAGUAAAGCCUACGAAAGAGGCAGUGGUGUGAGUCUCCUCAGUGACAAGUAUGAAAAAGACAAUGGGUGUUCGUCAACAGACAAGAGUACCGAAGACAUCGAUAAGCUUCUCAGUGGCAAAAUGUCCCCUACAAGGAGGAGGAAGUGUUCUAACCUGGUGUCGGAGCUGACUAAGGGGUGGAAACAGAUGGAACAGGAAGAUAAGGCCGAUGAACCGGAACUACAGAAUUAUCGUAGCGACAGCUUAGAUACCGAGGACAGUGGUUAUGGAGGAGACGCAGAAGACAAACUGGAUGCUGACAACAGUGGUCAAGAAAUACGGACCGUGAGGAUAAAACGGCCUUCAUCAUCACUGUGAGUAAUUGUCGAGUUUUCCAAGUGUAGGUCUAGGUGGGCUUCACAAGGGCUGCUUCACCCAAUGAGCCUGCCAGGUGGAGAUCCGCCCCCCUUGAAACUGCUUCCAUCUGAUGGAUGCUUUAUUUAUUAAAGGCAUUUAUUAUUAUUUAAGGCAUUUAUAUACCAUUUGCAUUUAUGCAAAGUGGGCUCAUGUUCAGCCAUCACUACAAUGUCUCUCCCAUGAUGCUACAUCAAGAACAUUUUGGCAGUGGGUGGAGAAUAAGUCAUUGGGUGUGUAAUGAACUGGUUGGCACAAUGGCCCAUGUAAGGACCCAUGAGGAGUCCUCACACAGAAGCAGUUUCCGGUGACCUUUGGGUAUAGCAGAUGCUAACAUGUGCAGUAAAAUAUUUUUUCAACUGUCUUUGAAAUAACCCUAACAGUGGAAAUACUAGGCUAUGGUUGGUGGGUUAUAAUGUAGUCACAUGACGGCUCCAGAAUGCCAGUGUUUCUCAGGAGAGGUUUAGUUGCAUACAGCAAACGUUGGUUUGCACAACUAAAGUGGAUUAAAACACUCUGCUGCAACAAGUCCACUGAAUAAAGAGGUUAUCUGGAAGACCCCUGAACCUACAUUACUUGGGGUCAGCCAACUUGGGUAACUCUAGCACUGGUGUUAAAGUUUUCAGAUGUUUCCAUCUGUUAGCUAGGUGCUUCCAUGAAGUACAAACGAAAACCACGGAUGCAACAGACCACUGCCCUUGUUUGUUGUCAACACCUGAUAUUCAUGCCUCUGGAAAUGAAUGUUCUAUUUAGCUUUAUCAUACCUAAGGGCUGUUGCUAGAUCUAUCAUCCAUUAAUUUGUAUAAUCCCUUUUCUUUAGCCAAUGAGUUUAGUGGCCACCAACAUGUCACAUGGCUAAACAUCCUAUUUUGUCAUCUACUGCAUGUUUAGAGAGAUUACAGGGGGCUCAAAUUUCGGCUAUCACAGAUCUAUAAAGAUUGAUGAUAGAUAGAUAGAAAGUUACUACUUGUUGUUGUUUAGUCGUUUAGUCGUGUCCGACUCUUCGUGACCCCAUGGAACAGAGCACGCCAGGCACUUCUGUCUUCCACUGCUUCCCACAGUUUGGUCAGACUCAUGUUUGUAGCUUCGAAAACACUAUCCAACCAUCUCGUCCUCUGUCGUCCCCUUCUCCUUGUGCCCUCCAUCUUUCCCAACAUCAGGGUCUUUUCCAGGGAGUCUUCUCUUCUCAUGAGGUGGCCAAAGUAUUGGAGCCUCAGCUUCAUGAUCUGUCCUUCCAGUGAGCACUCAGGGCUGAUUUCCUUAAGAAUGGAUAGGUUUGAUCUUCUUGCAGUCCAUGGGACUCUCAAGAGUCUCCUCCAGCACCAUAAUUCUAAAGCAUCAAUUCUUCGGCGAUCAGCCUUCUUUAUGGUCCAGCUCUCACUUCCAUACAUCACUACUGGGAAAACCAUAGCUUUUACUAUACGGACCUUUGUUGGCAAGGUGACGUCUCUACUUUUUAAGAUGCUGUCUAGGUUUGUCAUUGCUUUCCUCCCAAGAAGCAGGUGUCUCUUAAUUUCGUGGCUGCUGUCACCAUCUGCAGUGAUCAUGGAGCCCAAGAAAGUAAAAUCUCUCACUGCCUCCAUUUCUUCUCCUUCUAUUUGCCAGGAGGUGAUGGGACCAGUGGCCAUGAUCUUCGUUUUUUGAUGUUGAGCUUCAGACCAUAUUUUGCGCUCUCCUCUUUCACCCUCAAUAAAAGGUUCUUUAAUUCCUCCUCACUUUCUGCCAUCACGGUUGUGUCAUCUGCAUAUCUGAGGUUGUUGAUAUUUCUUCCAGCAAUCUUAAUUCCGGCUAGGGAUUCAUCCAGCUCAGCCUUUCGCAUGAUGAAUUCUGCAUAUAAGUUAAAUAAGCAGGGAGACAAAAUACAGCCUUGUCGUACUCCUUUCCCAAUUUUGAACCAAUCAGUUGUUCCAUAUCCAGUUCUAACUGUAGCUUCUUGUCCCACAUAGAGAUUUCUCAGGAGACAGAUGUGAUCAGGCACUCCCAUUUCUUUAAGAACUUGCCAUAGUUUGCUGUGGUCGAGACAGUCGAAGGCUUUUGCAUAGUCAAUGAAGCAGAAGUAGAUGUCUUUCUGGAACUCUCUAGCUUUCUCCAUACUAGUUACUACUAAUACUCUACAAUUAAUUACCCGCCACUCACCUCUAAAAACAAAGUAAAACAGCUGUUUUAAUACAUAACUGUUAGAAUAGCUACUUCUAGUAUCCUAGUGGACGAAAGUUUGUACUAGCCACUUGGAGAGACAGAAGGAGAUGCUUAUUAGCUUACUCUGUAGGAGAAAGCUGCACACAGCUGGAUUUUGCCCUGCCCCUCCCAUGCAACUGGCCUUUAUGAAAUGCCAAUUAUCCACACAAUGCAAAUCUGGAAAGAGGGACAAUUUCCGAUCUGUUGUUUGCAGGAAGAAAAACUACUGCAAAGUACCUAUAGCUGUGUGCAGCCACUUCACCUGCCCUGCCCUGCCCUGCGUAGAAGAAUAAUGACUGCAGCAUUUUCUUUGCUUAAAAAAGAAAGAAAGAAAAGCAUUUGGCCAGAACCACAUGAGUUGCCACCAGAAGUGUCAUGUAGCAAUUGAACACACCAAAGGAAUAAUGACAAGAAAGUGAUUUAUAGGAUAGGUUCACGACACCUGCAGUUCUGUACUUUCCCCACAUUUACUUUUCAGUUUCAUUUAAGUGCCCUUCAACUUAAGCCACCAUUCUCACACAGCUGCAUAGAUGAAAGGGUGGUGGUUUUGAAAAACCUUUCAGUUUUUGCAGUGCUGAUCAUUUCCAUACAUAGGAACAUUAGAAGCCGGAGUAUACUGAAUCAGACUGUUGGCUAUCUAGCUCAGUAUAGUCCACACUGAUUGGCAACAGUUCUCCAGGGUUUAAGACAGGAUUCUCUCUCAGCACCUGAAGAUGAUAGGGUUCAAACCUGCUUCUGUCUGUAAAGCACAUAGAUGUUCCGCCACUGAGCUAUGGUCCUUUACCAGCUGGAGGGGAUGCGGGUGGCGCUGUGGUCUAAACCACUGAGCCUCUUGGGCUUGCCGAUCAGAAGGAUGGUGGUUCGAAUCCCCGCGACGGGUGAGUUCCCGUUGCUCAGUCCCAGCUCCUGCCAACCUAGCAGUUCGAAAGCAUGCCAGUGUAAAUAUGUACCACUGCGGCAGGAAGGUAAACGGUGUUUCAAGCGCUCUGGCACUUGUCACAGUCCUCCGUUGCGCCAGAAGCGAUUUAGUCAUGCUGGCCACAUGACCCAGAAAGCUGUCUGUGGACAAAUGCCAGCUCCCUCAGCCUGUAAGCAAAAUGAGCGCCACAACCCCAUAGUCGCCUUUGACUGGACUUAACUGUCCAGUGGUCCUUUACCUUUACCUUUCACCAGCUGGACCUUGAAAUCUUGAACCUAGUCCCAGUCUUGGGAGUUCUCAAAGUCCCAAGGCAUUCCUGUACUGUUGCUUUUUUAAUGCAAUAUUCAAUUAUUAGAAAUAUACCCAAAGAUAUAGCUUAUAUAUUGUUUGUUUGUUUCCUUACACACACACACACACACACACACACACACACAAAACACUUGAUUGUAAAAAAACAAAAACAAAAAAACCUCAAAGCAGUUUACAAAAAGAAUAAAACAAGAAGCUCAGGGUUCAUGCCUCCAGUCCCCAAACAUUAGCCUCACAACAACCCUUGUGAGAUUGGCUGGCUAGAUCCUUGCUGAAUGUUCAUGAAAUACUAGUCUGAUAUUGACAAUACUCACCAAAUUUUGGACAUUCACUGUAACUUAAAUAAUUGACCUAAAAUAGCAACAUACCUUGUCCUGCAGUGGAGGCAGGAGAGAACAAUCAAGUGAUAUUUAUCUAUUUUGGAAUGCUCCUAAUCUAGUCUGUUUUACUGCCAGAGCAACCUGGACUCUUCCCACCCCCACCCCCCCAUCCUAGUACCAAGCUGGCUUCUCCACUCAUUUCUGUAUCCCUGCAUAGUCAUUCACACCUGUUUAAAGAGGGUGUAAAACUAUCACAGGAGUGGGGUACUGGCUUUCGCACCCACUUGACUGUGUAAAACCUUCAAGCUGUCAAGGAUCAUGGCCAGUCCACUCACCCACUUGAACUAGAAACCUAAAAUUAAGACUGCCAAGCUGGCAAACUUCCUGUUAUAUAUAGUUCUGUAGUGUUCAUUUUGACCAAUGGCCCAACAUUUCUAUUCUGUAUUCCCAGUAACUUUGGAUGGCUUCGUUGCCAAUUCAGAUCUAUUCCUGAAAAGAGGGUCAAAUUUGCCACACAUAUACAAUUUCCACUAAACAGCCCAUUCAGUUCAUCCUGGAGCCAGCCCAGAUUAACACGAACUACUCACUAAAAAUAAAAUGCAACCGUAGUGAUGAUGUAAGUAACCUUUAGCCAGAGUCACAUGAACUUCUCAAAUAUUUUCUGAAGAGCUUCACCUUAACACGGCUGUUCAGAAGCGGUAAAGAUUUAUUUUAUUUUAUUUUUAUUUUGCUGGCUCCCAGCAUAGGAUUUUCUCUGGUGCUGUUUUUAUUAUAUCUGCCAAUUCCUUUGUUUUUAACAUCCCUCCAUAAAGGUGCCUUGCAAGGAUCUGGCACUAAAAAGGGUGCUAGAAAUAUAUUAAUAAAGAUUAGUAUGUACCUUUAAAUCUAAAGAGCAGCUGAAGGAAGAGACUUAGGCCAAUCUAGUCAUGGUUAGAAUGGUAGACUAGGAUCUCAGAAACCAGGAUUCAAAUCUUCAGUCAGCCAUGAAGCACCUUAGGUAGGACAGUCAUUCCCCACCCCACCCCUUUUUAGCAUAGCCUACCUCACUGAGGAGUUGUAAGGAUAAAAUGAAGAGGGAGAGAACCAUUUAUGCCACCUUGACCUCCUUGGAGGUCAAAAGAAAAUGCAAUAAUAAAUAUUCUGUCUCACUGCCUCAGGCAAACCAGCCCGUAGAAUUAGUUUUUGCAGGCCCACACACCUCUUUGCAUUGGCUUUUCACAUUUGAGGUGUAUAUGUUCAGGACCCACCUUGUUUUUGUGAUUAUAAGUUGAUUUCAACUGUUUUUAAUAUUGUGUUAUAAUGUUGUAACCCACCGUGGAGCCUGAGGUUGAAGGUGCCCACUUUAAAUCAUCAUCUUCAUCAUCAGUGCAUUAGCACUGAUUUGUACAUGCUCGUGUGGUAUUAAUUUUACCUCAUGAUUUUUCUCUUGUUAUGAGUCAGAUUGGCAAAUCACUAAAGAUGGAGGAGAUUGGACUGUCAUGUGAGGGGAAAUUUUCCUUCAAAUCGGUGUCAGCCUAUGAAGGAAAUUGCCUCUAAAAAAUUCUGCCUGUGAGAAAGAAAAUGUAGCCCUUGGGCUGCAAUACAUCCCUUGCCAGCUGAAUGUCCGCUUGAAAAACACAACAUUCUCCCCAACAACUUUCGUUACUCCACAUGUAGAAAAGCACAGGUUGACGUAUAGCUAAUUGGAUGGCAGACUUGGCUGGAAAGGGUUUUAAUUUGUCCUCCCUUUCCUCACACGCUCCUGCUCCAUCCGCACCCAUUGGCAUCUGCUUUACAUAAACACUGAACCCCCCGUUACCUGUAAUUUGGUUCUCACUCAAGCAAGAAACCUGUCUGGAUUGUACUACCAGAUUGCCAAUGGAGAGGCCCACAUAAUUCAGUCCUCUUUCAUAAACAACCAUUUCCUGCACAUAGAGAGCUGGCUGGUAAGGAACAUGGCUAGUCUAAAACCCUCCCUAACAUCUAGCUUUCUAUGUGUAGGGACUAUUUUUUGUAUGGAGGGGCAUUAAAUCACACAAGGUCGCACCUGCAGAGUCACCUCAUGUGAACCAUUUUUAUUUUUUUUUUGGCAGGAUAAAGAUGCUUUAAAUAAAGAGAAAUAAAUAUAACUUGGUCUCCGUACCCUAGCAGUAACUAUCUGGCACUACGUUGGUGUGGACAAAACACAAACCACCCACACUUUGGGCUGUGUUAAUAGGACACCGAGUGUUUUCCUCCCUACUUAAAAAACAAUGCCUUGAAGGAAAGUAACAGGCAAGUGGCACUGAAGAAAUCCCAGUGUGUUUAUACAGAACUACAAAGUUUUGAAUUCCAUGAAGUUGCAAGGUCAUUUUGAAAGACCUUUGCAUUUCCUCAGUAUGCCAAGCUUGGCUUGCACCCAGAUGGUUGGUUCUCACAUGGCUGGCCUAGCACUGAAGUGGCAGGGAAACAUACCUUUGAGGAAGAGAGAGAGAGGAAGGGAGGGAGGGAGAGAGAGGGAGAGGGAGAGGGAGGGAGAGAGAGAGAGAGAGAGGGAGGGAGGGAGGGGAGAGAGAGAUGGUAUAAUAGUUCCUCUUUCAGAUUGUGUUUGCUGUUCUGAUCACAGGCAGACUUUUGGUUCUCAGAUUUCAGCAGCACCCUGUGCAAUGCUAAAAUUCGGCACCCCCUCCCUCGCACUCUGUUCUACAACAUUGUUUUGGUGCUCCCUGAAGUGUGGCACCCAGUGUGACCAAACCAAUCGCGCCACCCUGUUCUGAUCCUUCUGGUGGUUAACAGGUCUGGAAGAACUCUCAGAAAUUCAACAAUAACAAGCACAUUUCUAACCUUCCUUUCCUCAAUGGAAGCAAGUCAUGUACAAGACUUCCUUCCUUCCUUCUCACAACAUUGCUAGGGAACAGGGUUCCAAAUUGCAAGAGGAACCUACACACACACCAGGCUCCUCACUCCCCUCCCCCAUCCUGCUAAUAUCAAAAAUCAUGGAGGCAGCAGGGGCAUAAUGGCGGAAACAAGUCCAGCAGACAUACCUUUGCUCUUCCUCCAGCGUGACUGGAAUUGUGUGAGGGGAGAGCACUAAAAAGGGCUUCUGGGAUGGUGCCCAGGCUAGCUCAAGGGCACCCAGUGAGCUUUAUGGAUGACUGGGGUUUAAACUCAGGUCUCCCUGUUCUUAUUUUGACAUACACCACAGUGGCUCUGGACAAGAUCACUGCUAUAUACUGUAGUAAUGGGUAAACCCUAUUGGCUUCACUGCAGGCAGUUUGGGUGGAGAGUAGAACGUUUGCAUCCAGCUCCACCAGAAUUCAGUUCAGUCCACUCCUGACAUGUAUCACAAGGUCUAGAGCAGCCUAGUGCCCUUCUCAAUGGCACAGGGCUGUGAAACACAAAGAUCCUUCCCUGACCCUCAAGAUGUUGCUGAACAGCAGUUCAUGGCCAACCGUUAGGGAUGCACUAGAGGACCACACGUUCCUGCCUCUGCCUCAGACCAUGUGAAGUUGUAGUGUAGGGUUGCUGGUAAAUGCCCUUGGGCUCCAUGUCUGUUAAUGCUACCAGCCUCAGGCCGAAGCCCAGUGCUGGAUUAAACCCUGUGGAGGCCCCAUGGCAGUCAAAAUCUCAUGUUCCCCCCUUGUGCUCAUGCUCUAGUGGGAUAAUAUUGAGCUGAGAAAUCUUGACUGUAAUUUUCUUUCAAGAUCAAAUCAAUAUUAUUUUGAUCCACUGUCAUCAGGCCCCUAAAAAGCAUGGGGCCCAUAAGCCAGUGCAUGCUCUGCCUAUUUGGUAAUCUGGAACUGCAUAGGCCACAUUCACACUGUACAUUUAAAGCACUGUGGUACCACUUUAAACAGUCAUGGCUUUCCCCAAAGAAUUAUGGGAGCAGGAGUUUGGUCAGGGUGCUGGGAGUUGUUGGUAGACCCAGCACAGAGCUGCAAUCCCCAGAGUUCCCUGUAAAGAUUAAAGCAUUCUGGGAACUGUAGUUCUGUGAGGAGAAUAUGAGUCUCCUAACAACUCUCAGCACCCUUAAUGAACAACAAGGAAGCCAUGACUAUUUAAAGUGGUCCCUUCUCUGAUGCUUCUGUGGUGUGCCUGUGGCCAUAGCGAGGGUGAUGCUCUGCGAGUCCCCAUUUUGUUUCUGAUCAUACUUCUGACCCAAUCAAUUGACGUUUCCCAGCAUUAGGCUGCUAAUAGUAGAGAGGACUCAGCUGGCCCUUUCUAAUAAAAAAAUGAAAAAUUGAAAAAAGAAAUAUGAAAAGGAAACAGAGGCAGGAAGUGUCACAGCAUAAGAUUCCUAUGAGAAAGGAAGAGAGAGUCGGCGUUAGAUUGUGUUUGGGUGUCAAAGCAGCAAACCAAAAGCAAAACAAGUGGUGCUAAUCUAGCCCACUAAGGAGAAGAUUAAAAUGGGAAGGUGAUAAUAGUAUUUAGUUUGAAAGGAGGAUUAAAAGAACUAAGUGUGAAGAAUGUAGGGGGUGGGAGCAAAUGUCAGAGGCACAAAGCAAUCAGAAGUUUUAAAAUAGGAUCCAGAACUUAAGGUAUCUUUGCAGCUGCUUUCCUUUCCCUCACCGCUUCCAGCCUUUGUAACUUUGCAGGAAUCAGACAAGGAAGAAGGGAAAGCACGCAAGGCCUCAGAGGUCAUAGACUGGGAGAGGACAGCUGCUGUACCGUAUCUGCACCUGCCCUCUGCGUGACUGAGCAGAUAGCAAAGAUAUCAGAAAGAAGGUUCAGAAUAUAGGUGCUUUGGUGAGCUAUAAUGGGUUUUUCCCCCUUCCUGAAGCUUAGGAGUACCAUUUCACUUAACGUAUUUCACAUGCAUUAUCACUGGACUUGUAACAACAGGGGGACAUUCAGCGGAUGGAAUGCUGUUCAGGCUGACCUUUCCAAGUAUUCAAAGCUUGCAACCAGCCUGCAAGGUUGUCCAGGAAUUCGGAAAACAGAGCAGCGUUUUCAGAAGGGGAACGGCUGUAAAUAGGAGCUGGGGGGAGGGAUGGACAAAACUAGGAGCAAGGGGCCCCUUUUGCUGUCAAGGGCUGCAUACCCCUAGGACAGGGUUCCUCAAAUGGUGGCACAGGGCUACCAGUGAGCCUCAGCUCCAGGUGGGCUCCAGUGCCACAGCCUCCUCAUUCAGCAGCCCUACCCCCUAGCUGCAUUGAAGCCUUUUGGUUGGAAUUAUGCCCAUCAACUCCCCAUAGGCUGGGUAAAGAUGAUUGGGAGAGAGAAGUCUAGAUGGGAUGUGCAGUUUUCUACAGGGCCAAAGGAGGUGUGAUAGGAAUGCCCCAGCUGUAUCAUGAUAUCUUAGCCCUUAAUGUACCAAAUUUUAAGAUUCCGUGGGUACAGAGAUGCUUUUGGUUCCUGUGCCGUUAACAGUGAAAUUUGUUUCCUUGGGAUCUUCCAGUGGAACUGUGAAGAAUUUUUGAUUUUGGACAGGCUGACACAGGAAUGUGUGAUUUUAUGUAUGUUUUAUUAUACUACAGCACUGUGUGGUAUAGUGGUUAGAGUGCUAUGAUGUCCGCCCUGGAACUCAGAAUCAUUGAAUCACAGGACUGUAGAGCUGGAAGGUACCCGAGGGUUAUCUAGUCCAACCCCUUGCAAUGCAGGAAUCUCAACUAAAGCAUCCCUGACAGGUGGCAAUUCAACUUCUACUAAAAAAAAUAUUCAAUGAUGGAGAGUCCACCACCCUCCAAUGGAGUCCGUUCCACUGUUGAACAGCUUUUACUGUCAGAAAGUAAUUCCUAACGUCUAGUCGGAAUCUCCUUUCUUGUUAUUUGAAGCCAUUGGUUCAGGUCCAACCUUUCAGAGAAGGGGAAAAACCAAGCUUGCUCCAUGAAGCUCGCUGGGUGACCUUGGGACCAUCAUUCACUUUCUUUUUUUUUUUUAAGAUAUUUAUUGAAAAAAGAAUUUUUUAAAAAAAUUACAAAGAAAAAAGACAAAACAGAAAACGAAAAAGAAAAAAUAAAACCAUCAUUUUCAAAUUCUCCACUUUCAUUACCUUCUUUCUAUGACCUCCUCCUCCUCCCUUUUCUUGUAUCUUGAUUAAUAGUUGUCACAGCAAAUCCUUUCCAUAAUUCAUAGUAUUCUGUCAUUACAUUACCUUACUCUAUUUUCAUCUUAUCUUAUAAAAAACCUUAAAACUUAAGACUUAAAUCUUAUUUUUACCAACUUCUCAUAACCUUUUUACCUAAUUCUUUAAAUAUUUUUACAAGAGCCAAGUAAUUUCAUUUCAACAUUUUUCUAACAUUCAUCAAUUUUAUAAAACAUUCCUAAUGAUAGAAAAAAGAAAUAAGAACAAUCCAAUCUUCUUCCAGCGUCCCUUCCUCCUGGUCCCGGGUUUGUCAGUCCUUUUUAUCCCAUUAGUCUGGCACAUUAACCUGGUGAUCUUAUAUCCGAGGCCUUCAAAUCUCUUCCAUGUCCCUUCUGCAGCUCUUCUUCAUAUUUUCCUUUCACUCGUGGGAACUCCAGCUUGGUAGUGUUUUUGACCCUUUUCAACAAAUCAGCCCCUUUCCCAUAGUCCAGACUAGACUCCAUGUGGUAUUUUAAGACAUGUUUCAAAUUCCCUCCAAAAUUGGGAGCCCCCCACGGCUCCAAUCAUCUGACGGCCCAUUGCCAGACUCGGAAAGUCCAAACAUCUCUGCAUAGGGGGGUCAGUCCAACCCCCCAUUUCCAAAUCAAUCCAAACUUUAUCUUUCCAAAUCUGGUUUUUUCCAAGUUCAUUUGUCAAAUCCAAAGGCUCAUUUUCCUGCAGGACCAAAAGUUCCUCCCUUUCUGGCACCCAAGAUUCAGCAACAUCCUCUUCUCUCAACUGUUCUGUCAGGGCACACUCCUGUUUAAGUUCCUGGGUGGGCUCCAUAUAGUUUCCCAUCAUUCACUUUCAGCCAAACUACCUCAUCAGAGGUGUGUUGAGACGAUCAGGUAAGGUUGCCCUCCACCUGAGCUCAUGGGACAAAGGAUCAUGCAGAUGCAGCAAAUAAUAAGCUAAAUAAAGGGUUAUUCUUCUUGACAGGAAAAUAGUAAUAAUGCAAUCCUGAACAAAAUCUGGCGUUCCAAGAUAAAAGAGAUGGCAAGGAGACAGUUGUAAGCAUGCUCAGAUGAAGCUAUUAUAAAGAUGUGACUUUUAGAAUUGGUGAUAACAUGCCACCUAGUGGCCUGCCCUUUAAAGCAAAAGAUGAGCAGUACUAAAAGGCAUUCCGUUACCAUUUAAUGCAGUUCAAAAACCAUCUAUUUCUUGGUUCUUUCAGCGCAAACAGAAACGUCAAGGCCUCCAAGAAAUACAGCCCCGUCCACAAUCUGAGAGGGAGAUGGGAAGACUGGGCAGAUGAGCACAUGAUCACACAAAAGCUCAACCCCUUCAGUGAGGAAUUUGAUUACGACCUGGCCAUGUCCACCCGCCUGCGCAAAGGAGAUGAAGGCUAUGGCCGUCCUAAAGAAGGUACAAAAACGGCAGAAAGGGCCAAGAGAGCGGAGGACCACAUCCACCGAGAGAUGAAAGACAUGUGCUUCAUCAUCAGAACGAUGGCUCGGCACCGCCGUGAUAGCAAGAUCCAAGUCACUUUUGGUGACCUGUUUGAAAGAUAUGUCCGUAUUUCGGAUAAGGUCGUUGGAAUACUCAUGAGGGCUAGGAAGCACGGGAUGCUGGACUUUGAAGGAGAAAUGUUGUGGCAAGGCCGGGAUGACCAUGUGAUAAUAACUUUGCUAGAAUAAUGCUAUUCUUCAUGGGAUAACCCAAAGCGUUAUCAGUUCCUGGUAACUCUGGUCAACUAUAUGUUGACUACUCCAGCUGAGACAUCCAAGUUCUUCUUGGGGUAGCCAGUGUUUUGGACUACGAUUCCCAUCAGUCAGCACACCCAUUGGUCAGAUCAUGGGACCUGUAACCCAUAAUAGCUAGAGGACAUCAUGUUAAAUGCCUGCGUCAUAGAAAUAGUCAGAAUCUCCUCCCGUUAAGUAAUGUCUACAUGUUACUAGCAAGUUCACGCUUCUUCAGCCAGUUUUAUAAGGCUGAACUACACAGAGUAGACUAGCAUAGAAGGGAAUGAAGUUCACAUUAUUCUAUCAGAAUGCAAGUAGCUUUGCAUCUGUUCAAUAUAUACUGUAUGCUUGUUGGGUUUAAGAGGGGUAACAGCAGCAAAUUUAUCUAUUAACAUUUGGAAGUAAUGUUCAAGUACCCUGAUACCUCAGUUUUAAUACUAAAUCAGUGGAAACUGGGGCCUAAACUCUUAAGUUUAUGGCAUUCUUUCUACAUGACAUUUCAGGUGAAUGGAAAUAAUUCCUAGACUAAGUAUAAUAAACUAUACUGUAGCAUUACUUAUAUAAACUGUGCAAUAUACACAUUUAUAUUUACUAAGUUACUAUAAACUUCAGGAUGGCAUCAAUUUUAUACACUAUGUAAGUCAACCUGUAGCUGCUUCAAAAUGUAUAGCUGGACUAUUUUGCUGUGUUUAAUUAUUUAUUUUUAUAACUAUGUAUUUAUGACGCUGAUUGACAAGUGCUUGAAAAAUGUAUGGGAUAGCCUCCGGAUAAACAGUACAGUAUUACACUUUUACUGUUUAAUGUUAAAAUGUACCAAAACAAAACCUACCCCUACCC